CUAUCUAGUUUAAGCUGAUAAUAAAAACAUGAGUACAAACUAAUCAGAGCGGAGGAAUUUUGGUUCGAAGGAGACGAGCCCACCGCCCCCUUUCCGUUAGCGAGCCAGCUCGGAGCAGACAUCCUGGAAGAGUCGGAGCCGUGUUGGGUCGAGGUGCCGCGUUGUGAGCUUCGUGUGAAAAUCGUUCCGGCAAAAUGUGAAACAAACCGGGAGAAAGCCGAGGCCACCGACGUCAUGCUGGUCCGGAGCUCGCACGGCCGAGGCCGGGCCAGAGUAAUACACGCGGUGGUUGUGAUCUUCCUGGAGUUCUUUGCCUGGGGGCUUCUGACCAUGCCUAUGCUGAAUGUGCUUGAUAAGACGUUUCCUCAGCACACCUUUCUGAUGAAUGGCCUGGUGCAGGGCGUCAAGGGCUUCUUGUCAUUCCUGUCAGCUCCUCUGAUUGGUGCCUUGUCAGACGUCUGGGGCAGGAAGUCCUUCCUUCUGAUGACGGUCUUCUUCACCUGCGCCCCCAUUCCUUUUAUGAGGAUCAGCCCCUGGUGGUAUUUUGCUCUAAUCUCGGUCUCGGGGAUCUUUGCCGUGACCUUUUCCGUCAUCUUUGCCUAUGUUGCUGACAUCACAGAAGAGGAGGAGCGGAGCACGGCCUACGGCCUGGUCUCUGCCACUUUUGCCGCCAGUUUGGUGAUAAGUCCAGCCAUCGGCGCCUACCUAUCAGCAAAGUAUGGCAUCAGCCUGGUGGUCCUUGUUGCCACGGUGAUUGCCGUGACAGACAUCGCCUUUGUGUUCUUCGUCGUCCCGGAGUCGCUGCCAGAUAAGCUGCGGCUGACGUCGUGGGGCUUUCCCAUCUCCUGGGAGCAAGCCGACCCCUUCGCUUCUCUGCGUCGUGUGGGGAAAGACACCACAGUGUUGCUGAUCUGUGUCACGGUGUUCCUGUCGUACCUCCCUGAAGCCGGCCAGUACUCCAGCUUCUUCCUCUACCUGAACCAGGUGAUUGCCUUUUCUCCAACAGCCAUUGCCGCUUUCAUCGCCAUGGUGGGAAUCCUGUCCAUCGUCGCUCAGACACUGUUCCUCAGCGUGUUGAUGCAGACCAUCGGCAACAAGAACACAGUUCUUCUGGGUCUGGGGUUUCAGCUCCUCCAAUUGACCUGGUACGGCUUUGGAUCGGAACCUUGGAUGAUGUGGGCAGCAGGAAUUGUAGCAGCCAUGUCAUCCAUCACCUUCCCAGCAGUCUCUGCGCUCGUGUCGCACAGUGCUUCACCGGACCAGCAAGGUGUGGUCCAGGGAAUGAUCACAGGUAUUAGAGGUCUGUGUAACGGUUUGGGUCCUGCUCUCUACGGCUUCAUCUUCUUCCUGUUUAACGUUGAGUUGAACAACAUCGGGACUGGGACUGGGAGACAGAACACGCAAACGCACGCAGAGAAGCUGUUGAUUCCCGGCCCGCCCUUCCUCUUUGGAGCGUGCACGGUCUUAUUUGCCCUCCUUGUCGCCAUCUUCAUCCCUGACCGCCACAGAUUGGACGAAAGUUGUAAGUCCAGCAGCACUUCUGCUGCACACGCGUUGAAUGCCAACUCUCAGGCCACGCCCACCAGUGACACUGAGGACAUCGAACCACUUCUUCAGGACAGCACCAUGUAACUUGACCAAUCACUGCUGGCCCGAGUCCCUCUCUGGUAGCCCCUCCUCCUUCAGAUUGCGAGCGUUUUUCAGCAUUUAUCUUUUUACCUCUGUAGGACCAGAUUGUUCCCAUAAAAGCUCCAGGUAGCACUGGGCGGCAAUCACACUGAGAGGCUUCACAUUGCAGUUACCCUUUUUUUAUUUGUCCCCUUUGACAAACCUUCAGAGGUUUGUCUUUUAGCCUGGAGAAGCUGUUUUACCGGGUCAGGUCUGGGUCCAGUCCACCACCCCUCCCAUUGCUGGGGUUCUCAACACUGAGGCUCCCACAUGCUGGAUCAUGCACAGGGAACCACACAAGGGGGCUAUAGGUCACUCACGCUUCAAGUGACCGAAUCAUUCCAGCGGUACCCAAGGAUCCUCUGAACAGACCUGGUACCAAAGACAUCCAGUUGUCUACUUAGGACACUGGUUAGCGUCCAAGUCUCACAGCCAUGGAGUAAGACAGAAAGCACCAGGACCUUAAAGACUUGGACCUUCAUUCUCCUACAUUGCCAAACACAUGAGUGCAUCAGGUCUUCCCAGAUCUCUGGAUCUCAAAGGCUGAGGACCCAGAGAUAUGACUGUCACUGCUGAGAUCAAUAAAUGGCUCCAUGAUUUCAACACUUUCACCAUAUACAGAUGCACUUAGUCAGGGUCUUGGUGAUAGUCACAAACCCAGAUACUCUCAUUCCUCAAUCAGGUUCCAUCCUGGUAUCCAUUGAUUCCACAAAGGUCACAGCAUGGUCCACAAUCACCCAGUCCAUGUAAGCAUGGAACAGAGUAGGACCCAGGACACAACCCUGAUGAACACCAGAAUUCACUGGGAAAAGGCCAGACUCUGCCCCCACUGCACACAGCACUCAAAGUACCCAUGUGCAGGCUGGAUAUGAUGUCCAGGAACUCAUCAGUGGCCCUGUUAUUCUGAGGAUGUCCCAGAGAGUAGCCCUGUGAUCUAAUGACAAAAAUCUGUGUAGUAAACUUUUUUUUUUUUUUUUGCUGAUUUUACUCAUGCUAACCUGGCUAUAUGUGCAGAAAGGUGCCUCACUGUGGCCACAGAUGGCUCUGCGGGUGAUGUUGAGUGUACUGUGCCUGGGUUUGGGACCACCUGCUGCUGCCAUUUCCACCCCUCCUCAGGCAUGUUCUGGGCCCGGGUUGGAAUCCUCCCAGCUGAGUGUUCCGUGUCACCUGAAAGUAAACAUCUCUGACACAACCAGGUGAUGUGGGCGUGUCCUUGUCCUCAUCCAGUGUCUGGUUUCAGGGAUGAGGCACCAGUGUGCCGGAUCAUGUUCUGGAAAAUGUCCACAUGGACAUUGUGUCUGAAAUGCCAAAUAAUUAUCAGAGUAUUAUUUUCUGCUCACGGGCUCGUUAUGGAGCCACAUGAUGGACCGAUGAGGUUUUAAAGUUUCCUUCUUCUGUCUCUGUGUGUGUGUGUGUGUGUGUGUGUGUGUGUGUGUGUGUGUGUGUGUGUGUGUGUGUGUGUGUGUGUGUGUGCGCGUGUGUGUGUGUGUUAAGUCACCGGUCUGAUUGCCGCCUAAAGAGUUUAGAGGAUUUUUUUCAUUUUAGAUACCUCAUUUGCGUCUUGUCUCUGCUGCCUCACUGACUCCACCCGUCAGGUGUGAAGAUCAAACUGAAGCUUCUGUGCUGGAGUCUUGGUGGGAAGAAUUUGAUGACUCGUUUUAAACCCACCAGGACCGCCAAGGGGCUGCACCACGUUUUGGGAUUGCAGCAUCAUCCAGCGUUACUCUCCCUCAGCCUGCAGGUGGCAGUGUGGGCUGAAGGUGUGAUACUCUAGCUUCAAGUGCACAACUGGUAAAUAUGACCACAAACACCCCCCUUUUUUUUUUUUUUUUUUGCGUGGUACGUAUCUGUUACUGAGCUCCCUGUUCCAUUGUUUUUAAUACUUGAAGCAUGUCGGCUGUGCUUGUUGGUAGUGUCACUGAUUUUUUUGGGGGGGGGGGUAGAAAGGACUGAAUCCAGUGAAUGCUCCUCCCACCUGGCUGCCACACCCAGUAGGACCAAUCAAGUGCUCUACGUUACAGAAGUCAUCUAAAACUUGACCUCCAGUCCGAGUUGGGUUUCCAGAUCGUAGAUUUACUCUGUUUUAACAAACGUGAACACUAGUUACACAAAGCUUCUUCUUCUUCUUUUUCUUUUUUUUUUUUUUCACUACCUGGUUUGGUUCACUGCACGCGCUCACAUUGUCUGUCACUGACCCUGCCCACUGACUCCGCCUCCUCAUGUUCUAGUAAUGUCAGAUACAUCCAGAUCUUUUCUGGACACAGAAUUGUAAAAGUUAAACGUUUCAUUAAAUGGAGUAACAAGCUGGAAGCUGAUUAAAUGGUAUAGAUUUUUAAAAUGAACCAAAUCAGUCAAACAUACCAAAGUAGCGCUUCGGAAUGCACCGUUUAAUGCAAGAGUUAAAACAUGUGCCCACGUCCCUACACUAUCUGUUCAUCAUAUCGCUAAUUCCUCCACCUAUGAUGACCAGAUUAGUGUUUUUAACAAACAUCUGUGCAGAAAAUGUGUUUUUUUUUUUUCCUGUGCUGUGAUUGGACACCAAGCAAGACUGACCCACUGGUAACAACAUCAUGCUCGUCUGUCUGACAGUCUUGAGUCGUCAUGCAGUGAAACAUUUGUUCAGACUUUUGUAGUUUGAGUUUGAAAUUUGUGCAACAGAGUGUUUUGUCUUUCAGAAAGAACCAAAUGUCACAUGUUUGUGUGUUUUGUUUUUGGGCUUCAUGUAAACAACUUUUCCUGAAGUUCCAGCGUGCACGUAACUGGUGCUCAUGCAUGCUAAAAAUAAAAUGAAUGAUGCAGCGGGAAGUGCUUCUCAGGAGGAACAUGAUGAUCGUAGGAAACAUGCCUCCCUACAGCUUUUCUGCUACGUGUGAUUUAUUUUUAGUGUGUGAAACACCAGUUCUGUGCAGACAUGUGCAUAGCUGGUACUCAUGGUGCUUGUGCGUGCUAAAAAUAAAUGAUGCACAGCAGAAAACGCAAGGAGGGAAGCGCAUCAUAAGAGGGAAGCAAUGACAGAUUGUAGGAAAAUCGUUUCCCUCUGUGUGCUGUCUGCUGUGCAUCAGUGAUUUUUAGCACGAUGAUGAGCAGUUAUGUGCACAUCUGCUUAGGUUUUUGUUUUUCAGAUGUUUAAUUGUAUGUUAUAUGUGAGGUCAGAACAUGCUACCUGUCUGUGUCCUUGGGCUUAAUCUGCGUUGCCUCAAGCCGCCUGGCUGUUUGUUUAGGGAAGUGAAUGUGAGGCAUCUCUGUAAAGUGCUUUGAGCAUCUGCUGGAUGGAAAAGUGCGACAGAAAUGCAAAUCUCCUGAUGAAUCUGUUAUUUGGUUACAGUUAACAAUGUUGUGUAUAAAACAUCAGGAACAAUGUCAUUAACCAUCAAAGAAGAAAAAAGCUUCUGUGAGUUCAAGCUGCCAGUUUGAAAUGUCCAAAACCCAAAGAUGUAAACAAGAUGGAAUGUGUGAGAUAAAGGCCCUGGUCACAUGUCAUGAUUUCUGUGUACAUGUCCUGCCUUCAUUCAUACAGCUGUUUUUUUUUUUGUUUUCUCAAAUGGAAAAUCAGACAUGAUCAAACUGCUCCUGCCUCCACAACUCACAGGAAAUUCCUCUUUUUUUUCUUAUUUUUUAAAUGACACAUCCUCAACAUUGUCUUUGUUUUUGCUUGUCCACUGUACUGUCUCUGAUGGUCACAUGUUUCCUUCAAGGACCAUACGGGUUAUUUUGAUGCUUUAAUAUGUACAAGGAUCAAACAUGUUCAGUUACUGGAAACAGCACCAGGGCCCGGUUUUAGGAAGCGGUAUUUAUUUAAAGUUUCAGACUGAUAAAUCAGCAGGCUAUGAGCUGUUUGAGGACAAUCUGACUAAAAACGUCUGAGACUGAAGGUCUGGUCUGGGUACAAAAUGCCUGAAUGUUCUUGUCUGGUCACUCAGAAGCCCAGAAAGGCUUUAUUUUUGUCGUGGUUUUGGUUUUUGCAUUUGUGUGUACACCAUGCAUGUGAAACCUCUCUUCACCCAUAGUCAGUGGAAACAAUGAAGAAAAAAAAAAAAAGUGAAAAUUCUACCAACACUCCAACAAAACAACAAACUAUAGUUUAGUUCCAUAUUCUUGGACUGAGGGAUUGUAUUUCUUUUUUUUGUUAUAAAUAAUUGGCUGAUAGAGAACCAACCCACGGAUUAAAUGUCUUGAAACUUAAGUCUUGUCCCCCACCCCCUCCCCCCCAAAAAAGAGAUGGGGUUAGAUUGCCCAGUGAGUGAACAGUGAACAUCUGGAGAGGGUUCUGGUGGUCUGGAAUGCGCUUCUCUCGAUGUAGGCAUCCCCUCCUUUGUACGUUUCAAAGCACAACAGUCGCUGUCUUCUUGGCUUUACACCAGGAUUAAGGAGAUUAAGGCGGCUAACCAUGGUGGACUAGAGUUAAAUGUUUAGUCUGACCCUAGAUCGUGUUAGUUUGAGCACUAAGUCUUAGUCUCUCUCUGUCCCUGAGUGCUGCUUUGUAAAACCGGGUCUUGGACGUCAUCUUUCCUACGUGUUAACCUGCACUCGGCCCCGUAGUCGCAUGUGUUCCGUUAACGUGCUUGCAGACAGACGCCAGAUGGAGUUUGACUUGAUGUGUGCAGGUGACGGCUGCUGGAAAUCUACAAACAUUUUCCUUACUGAUCCAGCUUUUUCAGUAUGACAGAUUUUAAUGUAAAUAUUUACUGAAAAACUCAACUUUAUGGCUGCAUCGCCCCCUACUGUGUACAUGAUGCAUUACAUUUGCUGAUUGCUGCACUUUAAUUUUGAAGAAUUUGUGCCUCUAAUUAUUAUUGAUGUUUUUAUAUAGGAACCAGACAGAUGCUGAGACAUCUUUGUCAUGCUUUUGCAGUUGCUUUCUUUUAUCUUACAAUAGUGUAAUUUUAUAAUGUCUGUGAUAAUAAUUAUAAUAAAGAGAAAUAUGCGUAAUUGUU